GAAAGUGCGCCUAUGUUUUCCUGGAGACAGACACAGUCAAGAACAGCAACAAGCAAAAACCAACCUGUGCUCAUAGCUGCUAAAACAUCUGUGUCCAGAAACAUUGGUCUUUUGUUAACCAUGGACGAUCAAAGAUUAGUAGAGACCAGGAAAGAAAGGUCAUCUGUUGAGGAUUUUCAUGUGGACGACAUCUCUGAAGACAGACACACCGACUCUGAAACAGACACUGAGGGCACACAACAGCAUGCACUGCAGGAGGACCAGAUGGACGUGGACACUUUGGGGCAACUUUUCGAGCACUGCAUCCAGCAAGUGUCUGUUCUGGAGAAGAAGAGAGACGAGCUGAUCCAGGAGCUGCUCAGCAUGCAGGACCCCAUGCUGCGGGUGGUGCAGCACCUCAGGGGGAGGCUGUCGGCGACACGCCGGCUGCUCACACUAGCCCAGCUGGAUUAUAUAACUGUUUAUGAGGACGUGCAACAGGUGAAGAGUAAACUGUUUGCCACAGCCAGAGACUGUAUACAGAGCCAAGUCACGCUGGCCACACAGAAGUAUGAGGUGGCUCAGUCUGCCCUUACACAGGAGGAGCUGCAGGCCCAAAUCCAAAGUCUAACUGAGGAUUUAUCCCAGUUAAAGGAUUCCCAUCGGAAUCAGCUCAACUCCAUCAGGGAUCAGACUUCUAAGCUCUGCAGGCCCAGGGCCAUGAGUGAUGUGGGCCAGUGUCGGCAGGCUUCCAUCAGGCUGCAGCGCAGGCUCAGCGGCAGCGUGAAGGCACUGGAGGGCUGGUACGAGCCUCGUCUCCUGGUUCAGCUGAAGAGGAGACAGACUGGGGAGGCGGCCUUGAGAAACUACAGGGAGCAGGCGAUGGACCUGAGGGCCAAGCUGGGGCCCCUGAGAGAGUGCACACAGAGGUUGGUGGUGCAGAGAUCCUGUCUACUGAACAGGAUUACUCUCAUGGAGACGGAACAGGAGGAGAGCAUUGCACAGCACAAGGUGACCGUCGAAAAAUUAAGAGAGAUUCUGAGAGAGCUACAUUUGGAGUUUGACGUUCAAAGGAAAUCCAAGAGGGGUUUGGAGGAACUUAAAGAGGGCCUUCUAACAGAGCUAACAUUCUUAAGAGGCAAGAAUGAGGCCACUGGCAAGACAGAGAAAGAGCAACACAAAGAGACAAAGCCCCAGCACUGAAUUUGCAGCUACUUAAAAAAAAAACCAACAACCCCAUAAUCACUACUCUGCAGCCUGGUGUAAUAUAUACAUUUAGCACUACAGACCCAUGUAUCCUUAUGCAUUUCACAACACACUCCUCCAUCCACUGCAACCUCUAAGAAUCAAACAGCUCUAGUGUAAAUAUUUUUUUUUUUAUUAUGAAUAUACUUAGGUACUUCAGAGAUCAGAUGUAGCACAGACAAAGGGAAAAAAAUAAAAGCACAACACAUACAAGUGACAACACAAUAUGGAAGAUUCACACUACAAAUAUCAAGCAAAUGAAAAAAAAAAAAAAAACUACAGUAUGUACAGUCGUAUUAAAAAUGGAUCUCCAUAGAAAUGUCUUAGCACAAUUAAUGGAAAAAAAAUAAAACCCAUCAAAAAUACAAACCUGAAAGAUGACAGACAUGUCUGAUUGUAUUAUUACCAGUCAAAGUUGAGUUUGAAAAACUAAAACAUCUAAAAACCUGAACGAACCAGACAUUACUUUGAAUGUCUCAUGACACAAUGAGACAGCAUGUUAUUCUUUCAGUUUCUUUCAGUUAACCCAAAAUGUAUUUCAAAAAGGUUUUUACUGCUUAAAUAUGCAGUGCUGGGAAACUGAUCCAUUUUUAACAAGCAGGUCAAAAGAAGAGACACGAAGGCGGGACUCAUGCCUGGACCUCAGAAUCUGCAGCACCUUCUGGGUCCUCGUCGUUGUAGAUAUUUUCAGCCUAUGGAAGACGGAAAUAAAAUUCACUGUUAAUCUACAGGAUAAUAAAUGUACAGUGGUAAAAAUUCA